AUUAGCAAUAAAAACAAAACUGUGAGCUGUUAAGCAAGAUGAAAUCUCCGAAGGAAGUGAGGAAGCAGAAGAAUUUAAGAGCUCAUAUUUGAAUGCAAUUUAUAAGGUGGUUCAUAAGAAAAGAGCUCGGAAUACAAACACCCAUAAUCUUUAUUCUAAUAACAAAAACCACCCUCCUACCCCUUCACCCCCUCCAAACCUCCCAUGUCCAAUCCCAGAACAAAAAUCCUCCAAGGUCAGAAAAAUCAAAUAUCGAAGAAAACUCAGUCUUAAAUAAAAUUAUUAAAAAUAAGAAGAAGUCCAAGAUAUUAGGAAAGAUUAAAAAGAAGAUUCAUGGGAAGAAAAAGAGCGGAUCUGAGACUAAGAGAUCUUCCAAGCUGACAACUCUCACUCAUGUGAAAAGUACAAAAGAAAACAAUAAGUCUUCUAAUUUGGUAAAAGGUGAUUCUGAUGUUUAAGAAAAUAAAUUUUGAUCGGCAGAAGAGCAUUGAAUUGAAGUCAAAAACAUUAGUUAGGAAAAGGCAAGAGAAAUACAGAGAGCCUAAAAGCAUUCAUACAACCAGACCUACGUAUUUCAAAAAUACUUCUGGAUUAUCGAAGCUAGAGUCGAUAGACUACACUAAAGUGUCAGUGCUUCCAACUAAGGUCUUUCAUAAUCCCAUCACAAUUUCUUUCAAAAAGAAUAAGGAUCCUAAAAGCCAUCCCAGAGAACUCAUACUCAGCUUAGAUACAGAAGAUUGCAAUGAUGCAAAGAAUGAUAAUUCAAGUUCAAGAUCUCAGCAAGGUAGAUCAUUGCCUCCAAUUUCACAGACGAGUAAGAUCAACCUAUAUCAACAUGCAUUCGAUGCAGAUUCAAACAGGAAGCAGAGAACCCCAUUAAUCCAGAAGUACACUCACCAUAUAAAGGAAUCUCAUCCCUGAGUUCCUGCUAUUGAGAUGGAUAGCCAUGAUCCUAAGAAGGCAUCAAAUAUUGCCCAGAACUUAAUGAGAGCACUUAACGCGAAAUACAGAAAAAUAGGCAGAACAAGGAGCAAGAAGUUUAAGAAGAUCCAGAGUUAUAGAGACCAGAUCAGAGAUGGCUUUGAGUCUACAUAUCUUGACGAAAAAUUGUUUAGUAAACUUCCAGAAUCAUUGAUAUCAAGGAAUAAAGCUAUUGAUAAGACUGACAAUUCAAUGAAGGUUAAACUUGAGAAACUUAACCUGCAAGGAACCUCCAUUCCUAGAAUUAGUAGUAAAUAUUUAUAACUCUCAAUUGGCC